GUUACUGCAGCCUGGCGGCGCAAAGUUUCCUGCCCGGAACCCCGCCCCGGCAGCCCUCCGGCCAGUGCAAAAGGGCCCGGGCUGUGCAGGAAGUCGUUGCCGCCUGUUUGCAAGAGAGCCGGAGCACAGCCGCCGCCAGCAACAUGUCUACCAGUGGCCCCACCAGGUCCGGCCCUGCUUCUGGGAACAACCGUCACCUUCAGCAGGCUCAAAACCAAGUCAAUGAGGUGGUGGACAUAAUGAGAGUGAAUGUGGACAAGGUUUUGGAAAGAGAUCAGAAGCUGUCUGAGCUGGAUGACCGUGCUGAUGCCUUGCAAGCCGGAGCAGCCCAAUUUGAAACAAAUGCUGCCAAACUGAAAAGAAAAUACUGGUGGAAGAACUGCAAGAUGUGGGCCAUAUUGAUAACAGUUGUUGUUGUUAUCAUCAUCAUCAUCAUCGUUUGGAGUGUAUCUUCAUGAGCUUCUGAAGGAAACCCUGAAUUUGACAAAGCUGUUUCAGCAAGGAAACUCCAGUCUCUUACGUCAGACUUGCUGUAUCGCCAAGCUUCAUGUGGUUGCACAAAUCAAACACUUUUUUGAUAGUGGAAGUAUUAACUUUUAUGUAGAUUUAUGUGCCUUUGUAUAAAUGAAACACUCUAAUUUGUAAAUGCUGUUAAAACUGGCUGAGUUAAGAUGUGUGUAAACCCAGGAGGGCGAAGUUUAAAAUUUCAGAAUUUUAUGAUUCAGACUAUUCUGACAAAAAUUACUACUUCUGGAAUGUAUUUUAAAACAUUGUCACUACCUCGCCUCCUACAUGAUAUAUUAAUAGACUGAGAACCAGCUCUUAUUUGUGCCUUCCUGGGAAGAGGUUUCUCUUGCCCACACUGGUGCCAUAUUUGAACAACUUUUGCCUUAAUCCCUUCUCACCUAGUUUGGGAGGGAAUAUGAACUACUGUACAGGCACUAUGCUUUUGAAAUGAAGAUGCUAAGUCUGAGACACUGAGCAGUUAAUCACAGUAGUGUAUGGAAAGUAUUUGGAACAAAAGUAUCAUCUGCCUUGCUUUCAAUCAUCAUUUCUUGGUGCCUUUAUGCUUAGCCCUUGAAGAAGCCCCAUAAAGUGUUUUUAGCUUUUUAAAAAAAUUCUGAAUGUCCAACUUUAUUCUGGCUAAAAAAAUCUAAAGCUACAAGGAAGUAUUACCAAGGAGAAGCGUUGUUAAAAAUAAUUUCAAAUGCAUUUGGACUUGCUUUGCAUCUUUCCUGUUUGGAUUGCCCAGGCAAAUAUACACGUUCAACCUUUUUCAGAUAAUGUAGGGUGAGGUAUUUAGGACAGGUUGGUGAUGAAACACUAGUGAUACACAGUAGGUGUAUCAGUCUUCUGUAUGAACUAAGAUCGUGUGCCUUUCUAUUACCUCACUUUCACAGCAGUGUCGAGUGGGUAGUGUUUUUUCCCCCUUUUGUACUCCUGUUUCAGGGUUGUUGUUUUUUAUUCUGACUCCCUGGUCCAAACUACAGGCAAGGAUGGCUCUCCUGCAGGGCUGACAAAUCUACCCUACUAACAUGGCCAAACUUGUAUAGUACAACUUUUGCCUUAUUUUCCAUCUUUGCCAUGAAAAGCACUCGAGCAUUUUUGGCUUCUUAAAGAUAGUGACGGGAAGGGAGCUGCAGAUGGCUUAAAACACUUCACGCACUCCAGGACAGUUUUGUGAAUGUACAAGUGCCACCUUUCAAGUUGUAUUGGAUUUACGCUUCAUAUUUGUACCAUCAGCUGCUUUGUACUGUUUCCUUAAAGCACAGUCUAUAUAUUGUGUAACUUUAAAAUGCUGUCCUGUAAUAAUAAAUGAUUGUUCCCAAGUUUUUGACUGUACGAAAGCACUGUUUACUAAAUAAUUGCCUUACGGCUAAAGAUCUUCUCCAGACUCUGAAACAGAAAGGAAUUGUCACGGGAUUCAAAGCACUCCUCAGCUUUAAAGCCUGGCUUCUUAAGUGUGGCUGUUCUACAAAACGUCCCUGAAGGGCUGUAAUUGUUUAAUAAAAGUGCAUUAUACCA